UGUCAAAAUUUGCACCCCAACUGACCCCACCCGCACCUGCCUUCCCUUUAAAUGACGGACCUUAUAUCCUUCUCAAACCCCAUAAACGCCCCAAAUUCCUCUCAUUUUCUACAUCCAAUUUACUUUCCUCCAAAAAUUCCUUAAAAAUUAAUGGCUGAAGGAGGCAAGCUCACCAAACUCAAGUCAGUUCUCAAAAAGAUGCAAUCUUUCAAGCUCGGCCGCCCCAGCGGCACCUGUAUGGGCACUUUGGUUGCCAAUAACUCAUCAGAUGAUGGCUCGUUUGACAAAAACAGUGCAGCCAAGGACCUGCAUCCCAUCUAUGUUGGCAAGUCACGACGGCUCUACUUCAUCACUGCUGAUGUGAUGGACAAUCCACUUUUCAGAGAGCUCGUGGAGCGGUCUGGCGACGGCGAAGAGUCGACCACUAUUCGCUGCGAGGUGGUGCUUUUCGAGCACCUCCUCUGGAUGCUGGGAAAUGCUGAUCCUCAGCCUGAGUCCUUGGAUGAGCUGGUGGAGUUUUAUGCAUGCUGAUAAUUUAUGCUUAAAAAUUACUGCCAGUAACUGAAAUUUAACUGUCGAGGGGUUGAUUGUGUAUGUUCAUCCCCACAUUUGGCAUAUAAACUGUAUAUUUUUUUCAUAAUGUUUUUAUUUAAUUUUAUGAUUA